ACAUUUAAUUUAUUUUUCAGAACAUUUAUUACGAACACCCAGAGAUAACAAUUCUCCUGCACCCGUUAUAACUUCACCUUCCUCUCCCCGUCCACAUUCAGCUAUGCGGUCAAAAAUGCGAACAUUUUAUUUUAUUUUUAUGACUACUGUUUUUACUGCUUUAACUCUCCUUCCUUAUCGUUUUGCGGGGUUACAGAGGUCAUUAAAUCCCCAACGUACAAACGAGUGUAUGACCAUAUUUCUUUACUGGCUAAUGAUGUAUUUGGUCUAUUUAAAUUCGAUGUUAAACCCCCUACUGACUGUCAGCAUUCUUCCCCAGUACAGAAUGGGGUUUGUUCGUGAUGUGCUGCUCUGUCAAAGUCUGCGCUCAAAGCGUAGAAUGACUGAUCAAAGGAGAAAUUAUUAUACAUCUGUUGCCCAAAGAGGUUCUAGUGAUGCUGCUAUUUAA